AUGCUCCCAUUUACAUUCACCGUCAUGCUGGCAGCCGCCGCCGCCGCCGCCGCCGCCGCCGCCGCCGCCGCGACGAUCAAACGGGCCGGCUGCUCGGGCUUCGCGGGCACCUGCGGGCGGGCGUACGCGCACAACGGCACGUCGGGCCGGCCCGACGCCGACAUGACCGUGUACGCGACGUACUGCUUCGACGAGGCGGGCGAGCGCAACUACAACCCGAUGGUGCGCAUCGACGACUGCCUGUCGAAUACCUUUGGGCAGCUGACGAGCGGAACGGGCUUCGCGAAUAGCUGCCACGACUUUGGCAUCGAUCCGAUCGGGACGCCCAACUUUUUCCACGCCACGUGCGCGGAUGGUAGCGGGCACGAGAAGCAGACGCAAAUCGACCUAAACGACGUGUUGUGCAACCUCGAUGGCAAGCUAUCCUGCAGCCAGUAA